AUGAAAGCCGGGAGCCAAAGUGAGGAGUGCUCCUUCCGAGAAGUCGACAGCCUCAUGAAGACGGUAGAGUUGAGUAUCCACAUCCCCACUUUCAUCCUGGGUCUCGGACUCAACCUACUGGCCAUCUGCAGCUUCGCCUCCUUCCUGAGAAACCGGCGGGAGGAGUACAGGGCCACGUCCAUCUACAUGAUCAACCUGGCGGUCUUCGACCUGCUGCUCGUGCUCUCUCUUCCUUUCAAGAUGGCGCCGGCCCAGGCUUCGUCCUUCUGCACCACGGUCGAGUGCCUCUACUUCGUCAGCAUGUAUGGCAGCGUCUUCACCAUCACCUUCAUCAGCUUCGACCGCUACGUGUCCAUCGGGCACCCGCUCUGGGUCCAGAGCGUCCGCUCCCCGAGGAACGUCCUGCUGGUCUGCGGCUCCAUCUGGGCCCUGGUGUGGACGUGCACCAUCCCCAUCUACAAAUUUCACGGAGAACCCGGCAAUUCCACCUGCUUCCACAACAUGUCCGAUGGCGCCUGGGGCGCCCGGGCCAUUGUCCCCCUGGAGCUCUUUGGAUUCCUGCUUCCCAUGGCCACAGUCUGCUUCUGCUCCUUCCGCAGCAUCCACAAGCUGGACCGCUCGGCCGUGAGGAGGGCGCCCAUCAUCCGCUCCAUCGCCGCCAGUCUGGCCGUCUUCGUGGCCUCCUUCCUGCCCGUGCACCUGUGCAUCUUCCUGCAGUUCCUGGUGAGGAACGGCUUCGUCCAAGACUGCAGCACCAAGCAGGGCAUCAGCUUCGCCCUGCAGCUGGCCCUGUGCCUCGCCAACGUCAACUGCUGCCUGGACGUCUUCUGCUACUACUUCGUCAGCAAGGAGUUCAGGGCAGGGAUCAUGAUCCUCCACCAGCCGUCGUGAAGAGCUCAGCCUCUGGUGCAGGAGAGCACGUGUAGUGGGGAUAAAAGGGGAGGCUCCGAGACUGAGGAAGACGGGGUUUGUGCAGAAAGGGAGGCUCUGAAAUGAGGAGGACGGGGUUUGUGCAGAAAGGGAGGCUCCGAGACUGAGGAGGACGGGGUUUGUGCAGAAAGGGAGGCUCCGAGACUGAGGAGGACGGGGUUUGUACGAAAAGGGAGGCUGUAGCUGACCCUCAGGGUUAGUCAGGUGAGAAACUAAGGCCCAGAGAGGGGAAGAGACAAGAUGACAGAGCUAGAAAAUACCGUAGAAGCCAUUUAGCCGACUCUCCUACUCUACUUAUCCAGUAGAAUGCCCGCCGACUCCUGAUUCCACGUCCCAUAUGCUACCUACUAUGUCACAUUCAUAGCAUGAUCAGCUGUUCUGAAUCCAAGUUGAGGGCUUUUUCCAGAUACUUGCAGCUCAUCCCAUGAGAUGUCACAUCCCCUUUACAACGCCAUUCCUUGCCUUUCCCAUUGAGGGAAACACAAGCAUAGCCAUCCAAUUCUAUCCAGCACACAAACUUGUCCUGUGAUAGGACAAAAAUUUAAGAUUUUAAGGUUCAGACAUGGCAUAGGACUUGGAGGGAAGGAAAGGCAAUGAAAUCCAACUAGAAAAUGUAAUGGAUCCCAUCAAUGAUAUCUUUGUCCCAUCCCAUGACCUUGCAGACUUUGUGGAGCUGAUCUUUGAUUGUGGUAAGAAUGCUCCCCUUCCAUCAUUCAGCUGACUGGAAUUUCCCAAGCAUUAGAUAAAUUUCUCCUUUAAAUCGAAUGUGGGAUUGAAAAGAUUGGCUUUGGAGAAGAGCCCAGAACAAGCACCUGCCUCUCUUCCUAGCCAAGGUGUGGUACUAUGGGAGUGCAAAGGAAUACUGCAGAUAAAAUAAUUGGUUAGUGUAUUGGUUAGUUUUGCUGAAAACAAUUUCCCCCCUUUUAAAAAAAAAGUUUCUUUCAAGGAGAAAGAACUAA